AUGCCUCCUCGCUCUCAAUAUGUUGCGAUGGACUGUGAAAUGGUUACCACUUUGAGUAGCCCUUCCACUUGUGCUCGAGUUGUACUUGUCGACUGGAAGGGCCGUACGCUCCUGGAUGCGUACGUGAAACCAUCUGAGCCAGUUCUCGACUACAAAACUUUCAUCUCUGGAAUCACCGCCCACAACUUGGAAAAGGCUGAAACUCUGGACGUUGUACGAGAACGGGUAUAUCAGUUGUUGGAUGGGAAGAUCUUGGUUGGCCAUGGACUGCAGAACGACUUGGAAUGUUUAGGUAUUAACCAUUCGUGGUACAUGAUACGUGAUACUGCCUACUAUGAGCCGUUUAUGAAGUUGUAUUUUGGCGCCCUUGCUCCCAGGAAACUGAAGGAUCUGGCAAAAGAAAAGCUUCGCACGGAUAUUCAGUUGCCCGGACGCUCUCACAGCCCGACCGAAGACGCACUCACAGCUUUAGAUUUGUAUAAGUGUCACCGACCUAGAUGGGAG